GGCUCGAGCGAAGCCGAAGGUGGUCGAGGACAGCCGGCCGCGCACGAACCACGAAUCACCGCGGGAACCUGUCGCGCGCCACGAAAGUCGAACAGUCUCUCACUGGCGCCCGGCGCGGCGAGUGCCUUGAGAGACAGGAUUUCGUGCGAGGAACAGGCGCAGAUCUGGUGUGUUGGACGGAUAAGGGUUGAACAUCGAAAGGAAGAGAGAGAGAGAGAGAGAGAGAAAGUCGAUCCUUGCGUGGAGGGCCGGUGGAGUGGACGGUGGUAGAGUUUCCAUCCGCGAGCACCUACCCCCUUCUUCGAGGCCCGAUGACCGCGGCACGCGAGGAACAGAAUCGACCGUGGAUCAGGAUGAGCCCCUGCCUGUUCGCCGAUUCAUCACGCCACGUGGCUCCGGCCCUUCUCUUUCUUUGGAUCCUCGUCAUCCUGCUGAACGGUUGCGACGCCUCGUACGAGAUGCAGGGGCCAAGCUUCGUGUCGGAGCCACCGUCGCGGGUGGAAUUCACGAACGUGAACGGGGGCCGAGUGGACUGCAUAGUGAGAGGAAAUCCGGCACCUACCGUCGACUGGCUGGCGGCGGACGGUGGCAGUAUAACGAGUAUCCCUGGAAUCAGACACGUCCUUGGCAACGGGACCAUCCACUUUCCCGGCUUCGAGGCCGAGGUCUUCCGACAGGACGUCCACUGGGCUAUUUAUAAGUGCUCCGCCGUGAACAGCGUCGGUGCCAUCGUUAGCAGAGACGUCACUGUCAGAGCAGUGGUGAAUCAGCGUUACGAUCCGGAAGUGCAAUGUCCCGGCGGUUUCCUCGGCAACAACGUGCUUAUGCGAUGCAACGUGCCCAGUUUCGUUCGCGAUCACGUCACCAUCACGUCUUGGCUUCAGGAGCCGUCUUUCAACAUCUACCCCUCCACGAUGGGAGAUGGGAAAUACCACAUGCUCUCGAGCGGGGAGCUGAUGAUAUUGAACAUCACGCGGGAGGACGCGGAAAGGACUUAUCGGUGCAGGACGCAUCACCGUUUGACGCAGGAAACGGUGGUCAGCAGCAACGUCGGCAGACUUCAAUUGACCGAGAUACGCAGCACCAUGCCGCCGAUGAUAAACGAGAAGGUGGUUUAUACGUCUGCGCGGCUGAAAGACACCGUCGUGAUACCGUGCGUCGCUUACGGGAAUCCAACCCCCGCAAACAGGUGGUACUACAAUAGGAACCAGAGGGAGGAGCCGGUCGAGGAUUCGUCCGGGCAUUACGUGGUGCGAGACGGUUCGUUGAUCAUACAAGGCGUCCAGGAGAGCGACGGUGGAUCGUACAUGUGCACCGCUAGUAAUUCCGAGGGCAGCGAGUCCAUGGAAGUGAGGUUAACGGUGUCUGCGCCAUUAAACGUGCACGUCCAACCAUCGAUCCAGACCGUUGAUCUCGGGAAAGCCGCUCAUUUGACGUGCAGCGCAAGUGGAUUUCCGCAGGCGGCGUUGUACUGGCUGAAGGACGGCCAGCCAUUGAGAACGGGCGCUCGCAUAAGGGCGGUUUCCAGGGAACGUAUUUCCGUGAUGUCGGUCGCGAGAGAGGAUCGCGGCAUGUACCAGUGCUUUGUGAGGAACGAGUAUGAAAUGGCUCAAGGAAUCGCGGAAUUGCGGCUGGGCGGUGAGUCUUUGUUUUGCUUGUCCUGCGUGGUCGUGACUGGCGAUCUGCCACUGACGUUCACGUGGCUCAAAGAUAACGUCCCGAUAGAGAUCAGGACGUCGCAGGAUGCUCCGCCGUCAAGCCAUAGCCGCGUUCAGGCCCCGGCCGGUCCUGGAGACGCGAUUAAGGGGCCCAAGCGGGGCCCCAAGGCCGAGGGCCAGGCCGAACAGUCCCCGAGAAAGGCCAUUACCGUCCGCCAAUAUGACGCUUUUACCAGCGCCCUGAGCAUUAGCACGAUCGCACCCGCGCACAAUGGCACGUACACCUGUCGCGUGGCCAAUGGCGCUGCCACCGUCGCUCAUUCUGCACUCCUUCACGUCAACGGUAAACGCACACCGUUGGUGUACUUUCUUCGUUCACGCUCUCACUACGACGCAGAGGUGUGA